AUGUUCAGCUUAAUGUACACUCACAUAUCUGUGAUAACGCUGCUGGUAUUUUCCGCCAUCAACAAAGGCGAAUCGACUACUUUAGACUACGUUGAAAAGUUGCUCUCAAAGUCUCGAGAUGAAUUACCCGGAUCAGCCCAGUCGAUUAUUGAUAAUGAAGCAGAGAUUAAAAAACUUCGAGAUAAGAUUAAAAAUGAAGCUGCAGAAAUAGACAACAACAACAACGUUGACAACUAUAUCAAAUGUUGGAGACAGAAUUAUGAAAUAUUCACUGGACAAGAUUUAUUUAAGGAUGUCGUAUGGAGACUUACAGACCCAUCUGAAGAAUAUGGUCCUUACAGCCAGGAUUAUCCUCUUCAACAAUGUGUCCAGAAACAGGUUGAUAAAUACUCAGCUCAGAUACCAUCAGUAGAAGCAGUCAACUGUGAACUGUAUAGGCCGUCAGCAGACGAAGAAGACAUUGAGAAAUUGCACCAGUACAUGGAAUAUUCAUAUCACUUCAGAAAGAAUUUCGGUAGAACCAUUUUGUUCAAGAGAAUCUAUGAGGCUACCAUCGAGAGGUUGAAACAAAAGGGAAGAAGAAACUAG